UCCGUCUGAUCACGUUUGAUCCAGUCCAAUCUAGUCUGAUCCAGUCUGAUCACAGCAGCACAGUUGAGCACACAGCAGGAUUUAGAGGAGAUAUGAGUAUGAGAUGACAUGAGACUGCAUGAGAACACAUGCUGUAAAUGUUAUCUUAACCAAUCUUAACGUCGAACCAAUCCUCGGCAAUCUUGCACGUGGUUUAACGCAGGCAAACAGUAUUACAUACGUUUAUAUAUGCUGUACUGAAUGUUUUACUGUCACGUGUAAUAAACGAAGUUACUUCAAGUGCAAUAAUAAAUUACCAUUAUUGCCUUCAGUGAACUUGUACCUCCAAAUAUUUGUAUUAAUGUUAUAAUUACAUGAAAUCUCGUACAUCUCUCAUAAACGAACAUGACUCGGUAUACAAGAGCUAAAGGUUCAAAAGCGUCGAAUGAAAAAAUUCCGAAUGAAGCAACACCAUGGUAUGUAAUGAAACAACAAUUGGAAGAAAAUUUGUCUAAACCACAAGAACGAUCAGAGAAAAACAAGACUGCAAAAGAGCUGUUACAAGAUAGUCAAGACGUGUUUUACCAUGAUGUAGGAAAUGUUAAUAAUGAUUGGGCACAAUUUGAGGAAAAUAAAGUGGUAAGAAAUAAUAAUGCAGAAGUUAACAAAAAAAAAAAAAAUAAAACUGACAUUUUUAAUGCAAAUGAGAAAAACGUAGAUAAUGUUAUUAGAUCUAAUUCAAACUUAAUAAAAGAAAAGGAAGGAACAUUAUCUAAACGUCAAAAACGUAAUAUGAGAAAACAAAGGAAAGAUGUUAAUAAAAAUUCAUCAGAAAAUGAUACAAUUGUUACUAUGAAAAGUAAAGUAUCUACGAAAAAUGAUGUUGAUCCUGACAGUAAUAAUGACAAUACAAUUAAUAAUAAUAAAGGGAAAAAUGAGAAUAAAGAAAACAGUCAUGAAACAAAAGGGCUUAAUCAGAAAUCUAUAAAUAAGUCAAACAAUUUUAAAAGUGCUGCAAAUAAGUUUGAUAGGAGUAAGUUUGAAAAUAACAAAAAUAAUAGAAAACCUGCAAAAAUUCGAGAUGAUAAGGAACAUAAACGAAGAAAAGCAGACAUUGGUCCAACAAAAAUUACGAUCAAUGGUAUGGAAAUAGAGAUUGUGAAAUUUGAUGGUUUUCCAAUUAAAAAGGAAGAUGCAGAUCGAUUACGUGAACUGAGACAAAAAAUGAUAAUGAAGGGUAUCCCAAAAAAAGAUAUGGAAGCAGCAAUGAAACUAGAGAGGCGAAAAGCUGAGAAAGCAUUGGCAAGGAUUAGAAGGUGUGUCUGUUUCCAUUGUCGUAAAGCAGGACACAAUUUGUCUGAUUGCCCUGAACUUGGAUCUGAGCAAGCAGCUACUGGAAUCUGUUUCAAGUGUGGAUCAACAGAACAUACGCAUUUCGAAUGCAAAGUGGCUAAACCGUCAGAAUUCAGAUAUGCAACAUGUUUUAUUUGUCGGGAACAAGGACAUAUUGCUAAACAAUGUCCUGAUAAUCCAAAAGGUGUUUACCCUCAAGGUGGUAGUUGCAAAAUCUGCGGCGACGUGACACAUCUAAAAAAGGAUUGCCCAGACUUGAUUAAGGAGAAGGAAGAAAGUACCAUUACAGUAAACACAAUUGCAGAUGGUAACAUAGAAUCUUUAGAAGGAAGUACCAAAACUACUUACAGAGAAGAUAAAAAGCCUAAGAAAAUAGUAAAAUUUUAA